UGAAAGUUGGCCCGUUGACUUGGUUGUUGCUGCGCCCUAUCAUUCUUCUUGCUGCUGUGUUACUGACUGCCUACGCUUUACGACUCAACUCACGACGCCCUUCUCUCCUCCCCAUCGCCACUCUUGCACUUUUUUCCCCUACUCUUCCCGUCACUAUGGCCAGCCACGGUAGAGAUGUUGAGGCCUUCGAUGCCCACCAGCAGUACCACGACGAAGACGAAAAGAUCGAGAAGGUCGCCCCCAAUGAGUCUCCCCCGGCCGAUGACCCGUUCGGCAACGAAGAGAUGGCUGAAGUCAAGUUCCGCACGAUGAAAUGGUGGAACUGCGGCAUGCUCAUGAUCGCCGAAAACAUCUCGCUGGGUAUUUUGUCGCUACCCUCUGCGGUCGCCACCUUGGGUAUCGUCCCCUCCAUUCUAAUCAUCCUGGGAAUGUCGGGUAUCUCCUGGUACACUGGUUAUGUCAUGGGCCAGUUCAAGCUGCGCUAUCCCCAGGUCCACAGCAUGGGUGACGCCGGAGAGCUGCUUAUGGGUCGCAUCGGACGCGAGAUCAUGUUCGUCGGCCAGCUGCUGUUCUGCAUCUUCCUGAUGUCCAGUCACGUGCUCACCUUCACGGUGCUGUUCAACACCAUCACCGGCCACGGCACCUGCACCAUCGUCUUCGGAGUGGUUGGUCUCGUCGUCAGUUGUAUCUUCGCCCUGCCUCGCACCAUGGGCAAGGUGUACUACAUGUCCAUCGUUUCCUGCCUGAGUAUCAUCGUCGCCACCGUCGUCACGAUGAUUGCGCUUGGAGUUGAAGCCCCGGCUCACGUCCAGAACGACGUGACAACCCACCCGAGCUUCGUCAAUGCUUUCUUGGCCGUCACCAACAUCAUCUUCGCUUUCAUUGCCCACGUGGCUUUCUUCGGUAUCAUGUCCGAGAUGGAGGAUGUCCGGGACUUCCCCAAGUCCCUGGCCAUGCUGCAGGUGCUCGACACGACCAUGUACAUCAUCACCGCGAUGGUCAUCUACCGCUACGCCGGACCGGACGUCAAGUCUCCGGCUUUGUCUUCCGCCGGCCCGCUCAUGAGCAAGGUCGCCUACGGUCUUGCCAUCCCUACGGUCAUCAUUGCCGGUGUCAUUUUCGGCCACGUCGCCUGCAAGUACAUCUUCGUUCGUGUGUGGCGUGGAUCUCCCCAGAUGCACACGAACAGCCCUGUUGUGGUCGGAUCAUGGAUCGGUAUCGCUUUGGCUGUGUGGGUGAUCGCCUGGGUGAUUGCCGAGUCCAUCCCCGUCUUCAACGACCUGUUGAGUUUGAUUUGCUCUCUCUUCGGCAGUUGGUUCAGUUAUGGUAUCCCCGCUCUCAUGUGGAUGAUCAUGAACAAGGGCCAAUACACCGCGACCCCCUCGAAGAUCUUCCUGACUAUCGUCAACCUAGUCAUCCUCGGUAUUGCGUGCGCGAUUUGCGGUCUCGGACUCUACGUCUCCGGCAAAUCCAUCCACGACAGCACCGCCUCGGCCAGCUGGACUUGUGCCAACAACGCUCAGUCGUAACCACUUCAAUUACCAAGACGUGGCUAGCGAGUGGACGCACCCGCCGGCAGCGACCGAGCUUUCCUUUCAUCUAUACAUACGUGCAUUGCAUCCUUAUACAUAUACAUACAUAGCUGGUCCCGGAUUUAGCUGGGCUGUCUGGGGUUUUAUUGCGGUGUUGGGGUUGGUUCUACGACUUGUUUCUAGCAGGCAUUUUUGUGAUAUAUAGUUUAUAGUUUAUGCAGGGGUUCUGUACAUG